GAAUAUUAUCAGACGUGAAAAAACCAAGACAUUGACAGCAAAAGCAACAUUUGGUAACGUUUAUGUACUACAAAAUUUGCAGAAGUUAUUAUCAAAGGGACGAAUAAAAUUUCUAUGUUUCUCAUAAGUUUAUCAAAUAAGACAACAAAGAAUUGAGAUUAACAUGAAUAACGAUAUAAAAGUGAGCAAAUAGACCUUUUGAGAUUAUAUUUUCUUUGUUUUAUUGAAAUUAAGAUCAACUUAUGGAAUCUGCGAAAGCGAAUGGCAAAGGUAACUCAGAAUCAAACACAAAUAACGAAGAUGACUUGUUGGUACCUAAUACAAAUACAAAUACUGGUUUUGUACAUGUCAAGGUUGUUAUUUGUGGAUCUAUAGGUGAUCUGUUUUAUGACUUUGUUGGUGGCAAUUAUCAGGCAACUUUGGAUGAAAUAGAAUGUUUUGUCACACUUAUCUUCAAUCAAGUGGCGAUAAAUAUGAGAACACUAAGAGAUUGGAAGAAACAAUACACUUCUGUAGAUGGUAAAUCAUACAAACUUGAUCUUCAAAUAGCUUUUGAUAUUGAAAUGCCAGUGUUUCAGGAUGGUAGUUUUCAACUCAUACCUCCAGUAGCUGACAACCUUGAAGGUGACUGGGUGACAAGUGAAGAGUAUUAUGACCAAAAUUCUAAUUUUCUCUACGAAACUGGAUUAAAUUUGGAUUUCCUCUCCUACAUGCGUGCUACAUAUGGUGCGACACGUGCUUUUCAACAUUUAGCCUUCUUGACAGAUUACGAUAUAGUAUUUAUAUACUACUUCCUUGAUUCCAAUGGAAAUGUUGUAAACGAACAGAUAUUUAGCAGUGUCAUAGGUUUUGUACCGUCUCUUGCAACUAUGUGUGAUGAUUUCUCCGCACUACCAUAUGACUUGCGAUAUUCAAUUAGUGAGAUGUUCUCUCCAUCUGUAUCAAGGAUUUUAACUCACGAAAUGGGACACAGAUUCUAA